AACGUGAUCGCUGUGCAUCGGCUGUAGUCUCACUGUGAGUGUGGUCCGACCUGCACGAUGUACGCAGCAACUUUAGCGCUGGUCCUGGUGUGCUGGACCGCCACCACGUUGGCGGAUCACCAUCACCAUCCAUGUCAUUCUCCCAACAUGACUGGAUUCAUGUCUGUGGUGAAUUCCAAGGGCGAGAUGAAAGGGGUGGGCUCAUUUACGUUCGACACCACGGCCAGGAGACUGCGCUUCAAGACCAACGACAGCAUAAGCAUCAACACCACGCACAGCCUGGACCUCCUGAUGCUCUUCGACGAGGGGAUUUUCUAUGAGAUCGACAGUAAAAACCAGAGCUGUGAGAAGAAAUCCCUGCACAUGACCGUGCACCCUCUGGACAUUCCCGAUGAUGCCACCUUCACGGCCACAAUAAACAUUGGAAGUGCCGUCAUCGAAGGAGAGGGGCUCAAGACCAACAUAUGGACAGGCUUGCUCCCGGAUUCCAAAGUGGCCUACACUAAGUCUGUGACCAUGGGAUGCUUGCCGGUGUCUUCAAUUUACUUCUAUGAAUCUGGAGCUCUGAUCUUCACCGUCAUGAACAUUGAAAUGGAGAUCAAGGAUCCCGAGCAGCUGGUGGUGCCGUCCUGUUGCCAGGCCGCCGCCCUGGAGGAGACACCUGAGGGGACAGUACACAGUUUUAUGAACGAGUUCAUCUAGAUACGUCCGAUCGUGCAGCAGAGACAAACAAUGUUCAAGACCGAUAGACUUCUCUCUACUUGUAUGUGUGUGUGUGUGUGUGUGUGUGUGUGUGUCUCUGUGUGUCUGUGUCUGUGCCUGUGUGUGGUUGCUGCGUCGCAACUACCAAGAUAAAUGUGGCUUUGAUCACCUUCACGUACACUUUCAUGCUGAGGAGUGAGCUUCUGAGCGCAUCUAGAAAUAGUCAGAAAUACUAACAGUUGCUGGAUUUCCAUGUUGCUGAGAAAACCUGUAAAACAUUAUUAAUGGAACAAUAAAAACUCAAAGCUGCCAAUGAA